CCACUGAGCGCGGAGUGUCGAGCAUCGCUAAUCAUAAUUCUAGGCUGGACGUCCCGGGUGGAAGCUGUCUUGGAGUAUUUCCAAAUUCCGCAUAGCUCCCAAUUCAUCAAACUUUCCGAUGUGAAAACGGUCUCUCCAACUGGUUUCGUGCCAUUCCUCCAAUGCCGCUCAAUCGGAUCCACCAUCGGUGAUUCACUGGCAAUCUGCGAAUUCCUCGCGGAGUCUCAUCCCGAGCUUCCUCUCUGGCCUCGUGACCGUCAACUCAGAGCUUUGGCCCGUAGCGCGGCUGCCCAGAUGCAUUCCGGCUUUUCGACUCUGCGAAACCUAUACAGUACCAACUUCCUCGCCCGGUAUACCGGCAAUGUGCCGAUUCCAGAGGCGGCUUUGAAAGAUAUCAACCGCAUGCUAGCUUUGUGGGACGAAGUCCGAAAGGCUUCGAAAGAGCGCCUUGCGGUUCUCGGGGAGGCCGACGAGGGUUUCCUGUUUGGAGGAUUCAGUAUUGCCGAUGCCUUUUUCUGGCCGGUCCUUUGGCGAUUCCGUACCUACGGCCUUCCUUUGACAUCUGCGAGUCAGGACGCUCUGGCCUGGAUGGCUACCAUGUGGAAUGACCCCGCGUUCCGGUCCUUGAGCGAAAAGUACUACCUGCAGGCCAAGGACCCGGAAACUCGUAUUGAGCAUUAUGAUGACAUUUAUCGUGGCAAGGGGGACAUUCACUACGAUCACUUCCCCGAGGAUUGGACGUUUCAUGUCGCU